UUCAGGGGAAGGAGCUGUUGAUCCCAAUGACCCCAACAGGGAAACUACAUUGAAUCAGCUUGCAAAAACGGAGAUCUCACUGUCUCUGACAAGCAAAUAUGAGUUACGAGAAGGUGAAGAUCAGGACCUCAAAAGCCUCAUGAUCAAGACCAAAAGACUAAUUGUGGAUAUGAUACGAACACAACCUGGGGAUACACUCUUAGAAAUACUAGAAACACCAGCCACUGCACAACAGGAAUCUGAGCACUUGAAACUUGUAGAGAAGCGUGCCAUCCUAGAUUCCAAAACUCCAGAGAAAAUGAAGCACAGUAAGUCUGUUUUUGAAGAUGGUCAGCUACCAAUAGAACAAAAGAAAAGGAAAAUCCAGAGGAACCUCCGAACGUUGGAACAAGCAGGACUAGUGUCUUCAGCAACUAAGUAUCAAGAAAUCAUAAAUGAGAUUGCGAAGGAUAUCAGGAAUCAAAGAAGAUACAGACACCACCGGAAAGCUGAAUUGGUGAAACUCCAGCAAACUCUGAAUGCACUUAACUCCAAGACAGCAUUUUAUGAAGAACAAAUUAAUUAUUACAACACCUACAUCAAAACUUGUUUAGACAACUUAACCAGAAAAAAUUCACGCAGGUCAAUUAAGUUGGAUGGAAAAGAAGAGGUGAAGGGAAGCAAAAAACUGAAGCAGACCUCAUUAAAGUACACAGCUGCAAGGCUGCAUGAAAAAGGUGUCAUCCUAGAAAUUGAAGAUCUUCAAACCAACCAGUUUAAGAAUGUGAUGUUUGAUAUCACACCUGGAGAAGAAGUGGGUGACUUUGAAAUCAAAGCAAAGUUUUUGGGAGUUGAGAUGGAAAAAGUGCAGCUCCAUUUCCAGGAUUUGCUUCAGAUGCAGUAUGAAGGUGUGGCUGUAAUGAAAAUGUUUGAUAAAGCUAAAGUGAAUGUGAAUUUGCUCAUAUUCUUGUUGAAUAAGAAGUUCUAUGGAAAAUGAGUGUUUUUCAGAUGUCAUGGACUUCAUCAAUCAGUGGGAAGUCUGUUCAGUAUUUUAUUUUUUUUGCUUAUAAACGUGUUUUGUUUGUUGUUGGACGCUUGUUAACUUUAAAAGAAAACAAACCCUAAGACACCAAAUGUUCAGAGGAAUGUACACAGUGCCUUCUCAGCAUGGAUAAUGACAGAGAAAACCAGGAGAUUAGAUUCAUUUUAACAGUCUCAGAUUUCACUGGUGUUGGUACUUUUGAAUCAAAAUAUUGUUUAGGACACUCAGCUAUUGUUGUAUGGAUUUCAAGGUAGGCAGAAAUUGAAUUUAGUUGACUAUAUAAGCCUCUUCCUAUUGAAACAUUUUAAAAUUACCUCAGAUAUAUAAUAUAGUUCAUACUAGACUUAUAAGUAUUUACCAAAAGAAAACCUAAUUUGUUUCUUAAGGAAUAGUUGGAGCAGAUACUUAGUUACAUACUAGGCCUAUUUUGUGGCAGUUGUCAAUUG